GUCCCACCAGGAGAACCUUCGACAGCAGAAGCCCGAGGAUAAAGACAUGAGGGGAACGUCAUAUUCGCAGAAGAGCCUGAGCGUCAGCGGCUCCAGUCGGAUGAGAGUCCAGAGCCCAUCUCCGUCCCGAUGCCGAGGCUCGUCGUUCACCCGAGGGCGAGCUGGGUUCCCGGGUGAGGCUGUGGAGGUCGCCACCGAGAUCCAUCAACACCAAACCAACGAGAAAGAGGAGAUGCAGGAGCUGAACGUGCGCUUCGCCGGGUACAUCGAGAAGGUCCAGGCACUGGAGACGAGGAACGCCUCACUGAAAGCCGAGCUGGAGUCGCUUCAGGGACGCUUUAAAGCUGGACCCACCGGCCUCGGGGACGAGUACGAGCUGAAGUUUAAGGAGAUGAGGGAGCUUAUCGAAGCCCUGACCGCUGAGAAGGGCUCGGCUGAUAUAGAGAGAGGUUAUAUCGAGGAGGAGGUGGAGGUCUGGAGGAUGAAGCUCGAGGAGGAGAUGGCCAUCAAAGAGGAGGCUGAAAUGAUUCUCCGUGAGUUCCGCCAAGAUGUCGACAACGCCACGCUACAGAAGGCCGAUCUGGAGAAACGCAUCGAGCAACUGGUGGCCGAGAUCGAGUUCCUGAAGAAGCUUCACGAUGAGGAAGUCGCCGACCUCCUCAAGCAGAUCGAGGAGUCCAAGGUGACGGUGGAGCUGGACUCUGACAGACCCGAUCUAGCGGCGUACCUGAGAAACAUGCGCGCGGAGAUCGAGGCCGUCGCCGCUCGCAACGUCCAGGAGGCCGAGAAGUGGUACAAGGGCAAGUUUGACACUCUGAAAGUGCAGGCCAGCAAACAUGAGGGCCACAUGAAGACCAUGAAGGAUGAGAUCACCAGCUUCCACAACCAGGUUUCCGACCUGCAGAACCAGAUCGACAGUCUGAGGGCCCGUAACGCGGCUCUGGAGCAGCAGCUUGAGGACAUGGAGGCCGCGCACCUCGACAAGGCGUCCGGGCUGGAGGACAUCAUCGCUCAGCUGGAGAACCAGCUCUGCGAGACCAAGGUUGAGAUGGGGAAAUACAUGGCUGACUAUCAGGAGCUGCUUCACAUCAAGCUGAAACUGGACGCGGAGAUCGCCACCUAUAGGAAGCUUCUGGAAGGAGAGGAGAAGCGGCUAGGGAUCUCCGUCAUUGAAGGUCUGUCCGCAGUCGCGGCAGUGACGGAGGAGAGAACCACGUCUGUGUCCCGCACUGUAGAGACUCACACGGCUGUUGCCUGAGGACCGACACAAGCGACUGAAGACUCAAACCCGACUAAACCUGUCUCACUAAACUAGUGGAGUUAACAGAGACUCACGAGAUGUAAAACGCUGUCUCAAAUGUUACCAGGUACUAAAUAAAGCUUGAGUUCAAUGCA